AUGGAGUCUGCGCCGCACGUAAAAUUCCCCAAUCCAUUCCCGUGCGCCUCUCCGUUUCCCAGUCCCAGACGCCCGCAUCCACCGGAACCCAAGGCGACCAGGUCGACAUGCCGCGGAUUCAGAGCAGUGUGCGAGGUGUCCGGGAGGAGAGCGGUUUCAGGGAUGGCUCUUCUUGGCGCCGCUGCCUCUUGCGCGAAUCUCCUCGCCGUACCCAUGCCGGUGCAGGCAGCAAUGCUGGAGCCCGAUGUCAUCAGGUACUGCGUGUUGCCUGGUUAUGAACUACUACUGCCCCGUUACUGA